AUGAAGCUUCUUUACGUGGUGGGCGUGCUGCUCAGCACCUACUACAUCAUGGACAAGCUGCUAUACACUUGGUUGCCCACAAACUGUGUCUUUGACCCCGAUAGAUUAGUGCUGAUCGCGAACAAGGUGAUCGCGACGCACAACCAGAUGGGCAAUUCUACCACGGAGCAGCUCCUGAUGGACGUCAGAGAGGAGCUUGCCAAGGAGUACGGCGACAAGUGGAUCAACCCAUACGAGAAGGACAAGUGGGUAUUCAACAACGCAGGCGGUGCGAUGGGCCAGAUGCUCAUCUUGCACGCUUCGUUCUCGGAAUACUUGAUUCUGUUCGGAUCCGCCACGGGUAACGAGGGCCACUCCGGUGUGCACUUCGCCGACGACUGGUUUACGAUCCUUAAGGGUACGCAGCUCGCGUCGCUGCCGGAAAACCCUUCGCCAGAGGUCUACAACGCGGGAGACGUCCAUCUGAUGCGCAAGGGCUACGCCAAACAGUACAGCAUGGCCCGCGAGUCGUACGCGUUGGAGUACGCUAGAGGCUGGAUCCCAUUCAUGCUGCCUUUCGGCUUCUUGGACACCUUCACCAGUACCCUGGACUUCUAUACCCUGGGUAAGACCGUCUGGAUCACCGGACGCGACAUGCUCAGACAUCUGUUCGUGAAUGGCAAGUUCUAA